CCGAUCGCACCGAAGAUGGGUCUACUGCUGAUGAUCGGGCUGCCCGUUGGGCUACUGUUGGCCAUCUUUUUCUUCAUGAAAUCAUCGAAGGAGAUGCCGAAGAACUGGUCGCAGUUUGUGUGUGAAGUGCGGAUGCAGAUCUGCGGUUUCCAGGGUCUGCUGGACGAUUUCAUCAUGCGACCGCGGAAUAAAGUCGAACUUUAUAAGCAGCCGGGCAAGAUUGCUCUCAUCACCGGCGGAAAUCGAGGCAUUGGGUUGCGUAUCGUCAAGAAGCUGGUAGAGUGCGAGAUCGAAGUCAUUCUCGGUGUUCGCAAUCCGAUCGAUUCUCGAAAGGCAGUGGAAGCCUACCUAGAACACGCCAACAUUCCUCUUAGCAGCUGUAAGCUACACUUUGAACAGCUUGACAUCGGAAACAUGAAGUCGGUGCGGGAGUUUGCCACCAAGAUUAAGACCAAGUUCGACAAAAUUCAUCUCCUCAUCAACAAUGCCGGUGUUAUGAGCGUACCGUUUAAGCUCACCCCCGAAGGUUUCGAAUCGCACAUGGCCAUCAACUAUUACGGCCAUUUUCUGUUGACACAUUUGCUUCUGCCCCAGCUGAGAGCAGCCGGCACAGCGGAGUGUAAAGCGCGCGUAGUUAAUGUGUCGUCCUGUGUGCACAAGAUUGGAGAAAUCGAUUACAAGGACAUUAACAAAGUUAAAAACUACUACCCAGCAGAUGCGUACAACCAGAGCAAGUUGGCCCAGGUUCUGUUCGCCAAGUAUCUUACGCUGAUUUUCGAAGAGGAAGGAAUGCCGAUCCUAUCGAACUCGCUGCAUCCAGGUGUCGUCAAUACGGAUCUGUUCGAACACUCCAGCACCAACUACAUUCCAUGGAUUCGGGCACUGCUGUUCAAGAAUCCGGAAGAAGGCUCACGUACCGUCGUGUAUGCGGCCAUCUCUCCGAAGCUGGAGACGCGUAGUGGAUGCUAUCUGAGCAACUGCCGGGAGGCAAGCAGUCACCGGUACUGGAACAAUUCCGUCCAGUGUGAGAAACUGUUCAACUUCACUUGUGAUACGCUCGGUAUCGAUGAUUUCUUCUACAAGCGAAACUAA